AUGUUUUUGCCGAUUGCAGCUAUAUUUCAAUUGCAGAACUUAUCUUUAACAACAGCUCUGAGGCAUAUGUACAAGGACCUAAACCUGGAUGCUAAGGUUCCAUUCGAAACGGGUGGUUCUAAUGGACAUCGGAAGUCCGACAAUAACAGUAGAAGGAUGUCACUAAAAGAUGCUCUUAUGUCAGACGAGGAAAUAAUCAAAGCACUGAUGGAAAGGCUACCACACAUGAAAGAGCUUAUGGAUAUGUACUGUGGCCCUGAUAGAGUGACUGCAAAGCAACAAAUGCAGGAGUUGGACAGAGUCGCAAAAACUCUACCAGAGAAUAUACCUUCAUAUGUGAAGAGGUUCACUGAUCGUGCCGUUUUUUCACUUCAAGUUUUCUUUUUUCAACUUAGUUUAGUUUCUUGUAAAUCUUAUAAUGUGUCAUUCUCUGAAAUGGAAAACACUGAAUAUGGCAAACUGGAAUAUUUAAACAGGUCAUUGAGUGUUGAUUUGGAAAUAAAAAUGAAUGUAAUUAUUUUGCAAUGGGAGCAAAUUCUUUUACCAUAA